UAACACUGAAGACAUAGCGAGACCACCUUAGUAUAACUUGAGCCAUCAACUGGUUCGGGUUACAUGUGAGGUGAUUUCGUUCAAAAAUCUUCUUUUUCAUAAUGCGAUUUGUGUUUCUUUGUUGUUCGGUGAUUUAUUUUUUCACCUCGUAUGUGAGAGGACAUGGAAGACUUAUGGAUCCGCCGGCGAGAAAUUCUAUGUGGCGGUUUGGAUUUCCAAACCCAGUAAACUAUAAUGAUAAUGAACUGUUUUGUGGAGGGUUUACAGUACAAUGGGAACAAAAUGGUGGUAAAUGUGGAAUUUGUGGUGAUCCUUACCAAGUUAAAGAACCCCGACCACACGAAGCUGGUGGAACUUUUGCUAAAGGAAUUUUAUCAAGACAUUACAGUGUUGGACAACAAAUAGAAAUUGAAAUUGAAUUAACUGCAAAUCAUUACGGAAGAUUUGAUUUAAAAUUAUGCCCAAAUAAUAACCCAGCGCAAGAAGCCACGCAAGAAUGUUUUGACCGAUACCCUCUGUAUAUCGCAGGAUCGAAAGAUACAAGUUAUUAUAUUCCUGAGGAUGGCAAGAAAAAGGCCAUUUUUACUUAUAAAGUUCAAUUACCCCCAUACGUUACUUGCACCCAAUGCGUUUUACAAUGGACGUAUUAUACCGGAAAUCAAUGGGGUGAAUGUCCCAAUGGAACGUUAGCACAAGGAUGUGGAGCAUCGGAAACUUUUAGAAAUUGUGCCGAUGUUCGCGUUGUUACAAGCACGGGGGGUGUUGUCCCUCCGGCUUUCGCAGGCAUUGAAAAUCCUUAUUUAUUGUAUUAUAGGGAUUAUCAAAAACCGGAACCUUACAACGUUUAUCCGUUAGUUGUUCACGAACAAGUUUGCGUUCCCCAUAAAUUAUACAAAGUAAUUCCUGGCAUGGCUGAUUGGUGUCAAACUAAUUGCUUGAAGUAUCCGCCUAAUUGCCCGGAGAGUGUGUGUCAAUGCCCGACUACUUGCGAUGCUGUUGGUGAAUUGGAAGGUCGAACAGGGGCGGAUGUUUACUGUAUGGAUCAAUGUAUUGUUUAUCCAUCUAAAUGUCCUGGUGAUAAAUGUCGCUGUUAUGAAUGAAAUAAACAAAAAAAACUGUGUACUAAAAUAAAAAAGUAUUUUUCAUUUUAA